GUCACUCCGCCACCGGCGGCGGCUCCGGGCGCUGCCGGCGGGGCCGCGCGGGACGGGGCGCAGCGAGCGCCUUGCCAGCAGCUGCCUCAGCAGGAUGAAGGGGACAGCCAAUGUCAACUCCACUGGACGUAGCCACUACCAGUCUGCCAUCCCAGUGCCCCGUGCCAUAGCCCAUGGCAAACUGCACACCACAGCCCCCCUGAGCACCCCGGGGUCCCCUGUCCUCCACAGGGCUCUGUCCCCUCGGCCAGGGAAGGUGCCAGCCCCUGCUCCCAAGACUCUCAAGCCCAAAGCCACUGGCAAAGCUGCUGGCCAUGAACUGGCCGAGGGCAGGGAGGGAAGCCCUUGUGUCCCCGCUCAGGGCGGGCAGAAAGCCCUGUCAAGACCCCUGGUGUCCCCUGGGAAAUGGCCAGAGGCAGCAGGCAGUGGGAGGAGAGGGGCAGGCAGGGUGGGGGAGCCCACCGAGUUGUGCAAAGCUCCCCUAGCACAGGGCAGGGGUGGGGGGCGGCUGGGAGGGUCCCUUGGGAAGGGCAGUGGAACAGCCACGGCAGGGACAGGGGAUGAGUCUCAUGGUGGCUCACAGGGGAGGGGCUCUGUGUUUGGGUCAGGGGCCAUCACUUUCUCCUCAGGGCCCCCACACAGCCACCCCAUCACUGCCACUGUGGCACCCUUCCUGUACCGGCUGCAGGAGGACCGGGAGCAUGAGAGGGUCACAUCCCCGGGUGAUGAGUGCUCCAGUCCUGAGAAGGGAUCUGACCCUGACCCCAAGCCCAGAGGCCUGACAACAGCAGCAGCGCCUGGCGGGUUAAAUGGUUGCAGCGCGGGGAUGCUGGGGAGCAACCUCAAGAGCCUUCCCGACGUGGAGCUGGGCGAGGAGGAGCGCGGCUUUCGGCGGGGCCCCGACGGCAGCACCGUGAUGCCGAAGCGGGCGAAGGCGGCGGCGGCGGCGGCCGCGGGGCCGCGGGGCGCGGAGCUGCGCGUCUUCAAGGCGAGCAGCGCGGAGGGGCGGCUGCCGGCCGGCUCCAACCUGCGCAAGCAGAAGUCGCUCACCAACCUCGCCUUCCUCACCGACGCCGAGAAGAAGCGGCAGCUCUAUGAGCCUCGCUGGAGCGACGACAUGGCCAAGGCGGCAGCGCCGGGGGCGGCGGCGGCGGGGGGCGGCGGGCGCGGCGGCCCCCGCGGGCGGGACGCGCCCGCCAUGUCGCGGAGCCUGUCCCGCUCCGAGCACUCGCUGCUGUCGCCGCGCCCCGCCGGCCCGGCCAAGCCGCCGCCCGCCGGGAAGCCGAGCCGCAUCCCCCGCGGGCCCUACGCCGAGGUGAAGCCCCUCAGCAAGGCCCCCGAGGCGGGCGGCGGCGGCAAGUGCGACGACGAGUUGCUGGGCGGGAAGGGGCCGGCGGUGGCGGCGGGCACCGAGGAGAAGCCGUACCUGAAGGUGGACCCCGAGCUGGUGGUGACGGUGCUGGGCGACCUGGAGCAGCUGCUCUUCAGCCAAAUGCUGGACCCCGAGUCCCAGAGGAAGAGGACAGUGCAGAAUGUGCUGGACCUACGUCAGAACCUGGAGGAGACCAUGUCCAGCCUCAAGGGCUCUCAGGUGUCUCACAGCUCCCUCGAGAUGACCUGCUAUGACAGUGAUGAAGCCAACCCACGGAGCGUCUCCAGCCUCUCCAACCGCUCCUCCCCUUUGUCCUGGCGCUACGGGCAGUCCAGCCCACGCCUGCAGGCCGGGGACGCGCCAUCGGUUGGGGGCACGUGCCGCUCCGAGGGCACCCCGAGCUGGUACAUGCACGGGGAGCGAGCGCACUACUCGCACACCAUGCCCAUGCGCAGCCCCAGCAAGCUGAGCCACAUCUCCCGCCUGGAGCUGGUCGAGGCGCUGGACAGCGACGAUGUGGAGCUGAAGUCGGGGUACAUGAGUGACAGCGAUCUGAUGGGGAAGACGCUGACGGAGGAUGAUGACAUCACCACGGGCUGGGAUGAGAGCAGCUCCAUCAGCAGUGGCCUCAGCGAUGCCUCCGACAACCUCAGCUCAGAGGAGUUCAAUGCCAGCUCCUCGCUCAACUCCCUGCCCUCCACCCCCACCGCCUCGCGCAGGAACUCGGCCAUAGCGCUGCGCACGGACUCGGAGAAGCGCUCACUGGCAGAGAGCGGACUGAGCUGGUACGGUGAGGGUGACGAGAAGGCACCCAAGAAGCUGGACUACGACAGCAGCAGCCUCAAGAUGGAGCAUGGCUCCUCCAAGUGGCGGCGGGAGCCCUCGGAGGGUGGAGAGGAGGGGCCCAAGGGUGGUGAACUGAAGAAGCCUGUCAGCCUGGGCACCCCGGGCUCCCUCAAGAAGGGCAAGACUCCUCCAGUGGCUGUGACCUCUCCCAUCACCCACAUGGCCCAGAGCACCCUCAAAGUGGCAGGCAAGCCAGAGACCAAAGUCACCGACAAGAGCAAGCUGUCAGUGAAGAACACGGGCCUGCAGCGCUCCUCCUCUGAUGCCGGCCGUGACCGCACCGCUGACGCCAAGAAGCCGCCGUCAGGGCUUGCCCGCCCCUCAUCCUCCAGCUCCUUUGGCUACAAGAAACCAGCUCCUGCCACUGGCACGGCCACUGUCAUGCAGGCUGGGGGCUCGGCCACUCUCGGCAAGAUCCAGAAGAGCUCUGGCAUCCCUGUUAAGCCAGUCAGUGGGAGGAAAACAAGCCUCGAUGUCUCCAACGCACCUGAGCCUGGGUUCCUGGCACCAGGGGCUCGCUCCAACAUCCAGUACCGCAGCCUGCCCCGGCCGGCCAAGUCCAGCUCCAUGAGUGUGACCGGGGGCCGCAGCGCAGCCCGGCCGGUCAGCAGCAGCAUUGACCCCAGCCUGCUGAGCACCAAGCAGGGCGGCAUCUCGGUGUCACGGCUCAAGGAGCCAUCCAAGGUUGGCACUGGCCGUGGCACACCAGCCCCUGUGAACCAGACAGAUCGUGAGAAGGAGAAGGCCAAGGCUAAGGCAGUGGCACUUGACUCUGAGUGCAACACCCUGAAGAGUGCCAGCUCACCUGAGAGCACCCCAAAAGCCCAGGCCAGCCUCCCGCCAGCAGCCAAGGUGGCUGAGCUGCCCCCUACACCUCUCAGAGCAGCUGCCAAGACCUACGUGAAACCUCCCUCGCUGGCCAACUUGGACAAGGUCAACUCCAACAGCUUGGACUUGCCUUCCUCCAGUGAGCUGCACACCCCACACACUGCCAAGCUCCAGGACCUGCAUCCGGCUGGUGGGCACCUUGCGCCCUGCUUCAGCCCCAGCCCUGCCCCCAUCCUCAACAUCAACUCAGCGAGCUUCUCCCAGGGCCUGGAGCUCAUGGGUGGCUACAGUGUCCCCAAGGAGGGCAGGAUGUACCCUAAGCUCUCCGGCCUUCACCGCAGUAUGGAAUCCCUGCAGAUGCCCAUGAGCCUGCCCAGUGCCUUUUCAGGGGGCAGCACCACCACCCCCACCCCUGCUGCUGCACCCCCUGCCAGCGCAGAGGAGGAAGAGGAAGAAGAGGCAGGAGAGCUGGGCUGGAGUGGGAGCCCCCGGCUCACACAUCUGGACAGUGCCAGCCGCGACAGGAACACACUGCCCAAGAAGGGCUUGAGGUACCAGCUCCACUCCCAGGAGGAGGCCAAGGAGCGGCGCCACUCCCACGCAGUCAGUGGACUCCCCGAGUCGGACGAGCAGCAGGAGCUGCCCUCACCCCCCGCCCUCCCCAUGGCGCUGGUCGGGAAGGGUCCGCUCACCAGCAUUGUGAGCCCUACUGCCACCACAACCCCGCGGAUCACUCGCUCCAACAGCAUCCCUACCCACGACUCCACCUUCGAGCUGUACAGCACCUCCCAGAUGGGCAGCACCCUCUCCCUGGCCGACAAGCCCAAGGGCAUGAUCCGCUCGGGCUCUUUCCGGGACCCUGUGGACGAUGUUCACGGAUCGGUGCUGUCCCUGGCCUCCAGCGCGUCCUCCACCUACUCCUCCGCUGAGGAGAAGAUGCAGUCUGAGCAAAUCCGCAAGCUGCGCCGCGAGCUGGAGUCCUCGCAGGAGAAGGUGGCCACGCUGACAUCCCAGCUGUCUGCUAAUGCCAACCUGGUGGCGGCCUUUGAGCAGAGCCUGGUGAGCAUGACAUCCCGCCUGCGGCACCUGGCUGAGACCGCCGAGGAGAAGGACACGGAGCUGCUGGACCUGCGAGAGACCAUUGACUUCCUGAAGAAGAAGAACUCAGAGGCCCAGGCUGUGAUCCAGGGUGCUCUAAAUGGCACUGAUGUCACCCCCAAAGAGCUGCGCAUCAAGCGGCAGAACUCCUCUGACAGCAUCUCCAGCCUCAACAGCAUCACCAGCCACUCCAGCAUCGGCAGCAGCAAGGCUGCUGACGCCAAGAAGAAGAAGAAGAAGAGCUGGCUACGCAGCUCCUUCAAUAAGGCCUUCAGCAUCAAGAAGGGCCCCAAAUCAGCUUCGUCCUACUCUGACAUAGAGGAGAUCGCCACGCCAGACUCGUCAGCCCCCUCUUCCCCUAAGCUACAGCAUGGCUCCACAGAGACUGCCUCGCCCUCCAUCAAGUCCUCCACAUCCUCCUCCGUGGGCAUUGACACGGCUGAGCUCUUCCAGGCCCACAGUGAGGGCGAGCCCGAGAAGAAGGAGGUGUCAGAGCUGCGGUCAGAGCUGUGGGAGAAGGAGAUGAAGCUGACAGACAUCCGCCUGGAGGCCCUUAACUCAGCCCACCAGCUGGAGCAGCUGCGGGAGACCAUGCACAACAUGCAGCUGGAGGUGGAUCUCCUGAAGGCCGAGAAUGACCGUCUCAAGGUGGCCCCUGGGCCUUCAGCAGUGCUAGGUGCUGUUCCCAGCCAUAUCACGAGCACAUCGGCUUCCUCUUCACCACGGCGCUCCUUGGGUCUCACCCUUGGUCAUGCCUUCAGCCCCAGCCCGGGGGAUGCAGACGUGUCCCCCAUGGAUGCUGUCAGCGCUGGCACCCAGAAGGAUGAGCUGACGCUGCGGAUUGUGGUGCGCAUGCCGCCCCAGCACAUCAUCAAGGGGGACCUCAAGCAGCAGGAGUUUUUCUUGGGCUGGACCAAGGUGAGCGGAAAGGUAGACUGGAAGAUGCUGGAUGAGGCUGUCUGCCAGGUCUUCAAGGAUUACAUCACUAAGAUGGAUCCUGCGUCCACGCUGGGGCUCAGCACCGAGUCCAUCUACGGCUACAGCAUCAGCCACAUCAAGCGCGUGCUGGACACGGAGCCGCCAGAGCUGCCACUGUGCCGCCGGGGCCUGACCAGCAUUGUCGUGACGCUCAAAGGCUUGAAAGAGAAAUGCGUGGACAGCCUGGUGUUCGAAACACUCAUCCCCAAGCCCAUGAUGCAGCACUACAUCAGCCUCCUGCUGAAACACCGCCGCCUCAUCCUCUCGGGGCCCAGUGGCACCGGCAAGACCUACCUGACCAACCGCCUGGCCGAGUACCUGGUGGAGCGCUCGGGUCGGGACGUCACCGAGGGCAUCGUCAGCACCUUCAACAUGCACCAGCAGUCCUGCAAGGAUCUUCAGCUGUACCUGUCCAACCUGGCCAACCAGAUUGAUCGGGAGACGGGCACGGCGGAUGUGCCGCUGGUGAUCCUCCUGGAUGACCUCAGCGAGGCGGGCUCCAUCAGCGAGCUCGUCAACGGUGCGCUCACCUGCAAGUACCACAAAUGUCCGUAUAUCAUUGGCACUACCAACCAGCCUGUGAAGAUGACCCCAAACCAUGGCCUCCAUCUCAGCUUCAGGAUGCUGACCUUCUCCAACAAUGUGGAGCCGGCCAAUGGCUUCCUGGUGCGCUACCUGCGGCGGAAGCUGCUGGAGUCAGACACGGACAUCAACGCCAACAAGGAGGAGCUGCUGCGGGUGCUGGACUGGGUGCCCAAGCUCUGGUACCAUUUGCACACCUUUCUGGAAAAACACAGCACAUCCGACUUCCUCAUCGGUCCCUGCUUCUUUCUGUCCUGCCCUAUUGGAAUUGAGGAUUUCCGGACCUGGUUCAUCGACCUGUGGAACAAUUCCAUCAUCCCUUACCUGCAGGAGGGGGCAAAAGAUGGGCUCAAGGUCCAUGGGCAGAAGGCAGCCUGGGAGGACCCCGUGGAGUGGGUGCGGGACACCCUGCCCUGGCCGUCAGCGCAGCAGGACCAGUCCAAGCUGUACCACCUGCCCCCACCCACCGUCGGGCCCCAGAGCGCCGUGUCCCCCCCUGAGGAGCGCACCGUGAAGGACACCACACCCAGCUCCCUGGACUCAGACCCACUGAUGGCCAUGCUGCUGAAGCUCCAGGAAGCUGCCAACUACAUUGAGUCUCCAGACCGUGAGACCAUGGUGGACCCCGACCUGCAGUCGACUCUGUGAGGCCCAGAUGUGCCAGCCCAGGUGGAGGGGAGCUGCUGCUGGGCUGCUCUCCUUUUCCUUUGGCAUCCAGGAGCGUGGGGCUGGCGAGCAAACGGAGAGGAGAAGAGCAGGGCUCUGGCGUGUCCUGGCGGAGCCCGGGGAAACUCGGCUCAUCCGUGAAAGAGCACGAGUUACCAUCUCCCCUCCCAACCGUGGGGGUAGGAGAAUCCUGGUUUCUCUUCUUGGUUUUUUCUGUCUCUAUUGCAAACUCUUGGGCUUUGGGACCAAGGCAACCGCUGAGGCUGAGCCCCUGCUCCCGGGAGCUGCAGGAAGGCCCCUGCGUGGGGCAGGGACCCCGCGGGAGCCACCUGGGCCACAGCUGGGGGCGCAGGAGGAGCUGGGGCUGCAGGAUGGGCAUGAGGGGCUCCGGCUUCCUCUGCACCUGCUGGGCAAAGCCACCAGAGCCUCCACUGUGGAGCUCCCACCCUGAGCCAGCCAAGGGGAGCAUGGCUCUCGCUGCUCUCUGUGCAUUCCCUGUUCCACCUGCACAGCAGCUGCUGUGACCAGGACAGCCCAAAAACCCUGCUUUUCUUAUUUUAUUUUGUUUCCCCCUUCCCCUUUUCUUUGGCUGAGUCCAGACUUUGCUUUGGUCCCUUUUUUUGUUCUGGUACUUUGCUCUCCUGGCCUGGAGCCUGUGGCCUGGUGCCUACUGCUUCCCUGGCAGCAGUGUCCUUCGCCUUUGGUUUCUUUUGCAGCUGUUGGUUUCACCACUCAAACCACCUCUGUCAUAAAACUGGUGCUCACUGGAUGAUCUCCAGUCCCUGAACCCACCUCCUGGGGCUGCACAGGUUGGCUGAGGUGGGACUUGGAGGCCAAUGUGGAGGCAGGUGGCAGCAGGAGGCUCCCAGAGCAGCCCCUCACGUGGCAACUCCCUCCUCCUCCAAGGCACAGGGCAUUGGGAUGGUGUCUCCCACCAGGGUGGGAUGCCACAGAGCAUCCCCUCCCUGAGGUACUGGGGCAUGGGGAGGCUGCUGCUGCUGCCCCAUCCCUGGGCAGCUGGAUGCCAUCCCUGUCCCCUUGGUGGAGGGGAGCCCAACCAACCUCUCAUCCCCUUGGUGCUGCCAGGCCUGGGGCGGUGGGUCAAUGAGCCUGGGGUUGCUUGCUCCCCAUGCUGCCUGCUCCCCCUGGCCCUGUGCCUUCCUGCAGCCUGGCAGGGUCUGUGUUGGUGCUCUGGGGGCACCUGGGGCUGCCAUGUGUCCUCCUGGCCUUAUCCUGCAUUGUCAAAAGGCCAGACUCCAUGGAGAGGGUCGGCCCCGGUGCUGCCGUGGUGCCUUAAUCUCUGGCCAUGCGGGAAGGGGGGACGUGGGGCUUGGGACAUGCUGUCACAGCCUGCUCGAGUAGCCUCUGUUCCCAAAGCCAGCUUGGCUGGGAUUUAAUGAAGGUGCUGGCACUGCUGCCUGCAGCACCCUCACUGGCCUGUCCCCAGCCAUGGCUGUGGAGUGCCCUGCAGGUCUGCACUCCCAUCCUGUGCUGACCUGGGCUCUGGGGGCCUCCUCCUCCCUUCUGCCCUCCAGCUCAGCCCCCACAUUUUUCUGGGGCCCUGGAGAGACAUAUGAGGAGAGGUGACCCUAGGGCUGGAUCAACUGAGCCCACCCUGUCCCCAAACUCUGCCAGGCUGGGGACUGGGCAGCCUCAGCCCCCUGUGCUGCAGCUGGUGCGGUCUUCAGGGACACCUCACACCCCUCUGGAACGGGCAUCUCCCGCAGUGCCCCCGGAGGCUGCCGCCACCUCUGUCCUCCCUCGGUGCUCUUGGCCGGUGUGUCCCGCCUCGCCGCCCCAUGGUGCUCACUUCUCCCACCUCUCCGUCUGUCCGACAGCCUCCUGCUGCCGCCGGGGCCAGCCAGCCCGGCCCCUUCCCACGGGGAUCUCCGGGAUCUCUUCCCCAUGCUGGCUUGGGCGUUAGGGCUUUCUGUUCGCCUUCUCUUCUGUCGAGGACUCGCUGUACAUAGAUCCGUCGUGGAACGCCCUGUGUGGGUUGGGGGGGCGCGGCCCUGCGCCUUGUCCCUGGUUUUGGGUUUUUUUUGUACUCUGUGAUGACUGUGCUGUGCUGACUUCUUUUCUGAUUGUAUGAGACUCCGGCCCAGCAGCCACUCGAGGUCUGCAAUGGGGACGCAACUGUUCCCUCCAGCCCCUCGCCUCCUCCUUGAGGCUCUGGUGCCCAGGGUGGGAAGUGACUGAUGCACCUUUUGGGGGCUGCCCUGUGCCCAGGUGCCCUGAGGAGUCCCAUGGGAGGAGGGGCAGCCUUGCCUGAGCUUUCUUUUCUGACUCCUCCAGGGAGCCACCCAAACCUGGACCAAAUUGUAGCCGUCCCCCACUGCUGAGCAUCCCCUGGCCUGUGUCCUGCAGGUUUGCCCUGUCCCUCCCCAGAUCGGGGCUGCCCCCAUGCCAUCGCCUCAGCCCCAGCAGCUGGAAGUGAGCGGGUGGUGUGAUCCAGGAGGAAUCUCUGGGGGAAGGAGAAGGGCCAUGCCAGCAGGUGGGCCUUGAGAUCAGCUGCUGGGGGGCUUGGCUGGGGUUACCUGGCUGGAGAGGCCAGGUCCUGAUGGAUUCCUCCUGGCUUACACCAAGCACCUCAUGUCCCCAAGGCUGGCAGCUGUCUGGGGGCCAACCCCUGGCUGUGGGCUGAGCCCCUCUGUGCCCAGGGGUCCAAGGAUUGCUCUAACUCAUCCUCCUGCCACCUCCAAGGGUGCCCACCACCCCAAAGGUGCCUGUUGUCCCCAAAGGUGCCUGCUGUCCCCAAAGGUACCCAUCACCCCACAAGGGUAUCUGCCAUCUCCAGAGAUGCCAGUUGCCCCCAAAGGUGCCCGUGGUUCCCGGGAGUCCCCCUGAGGGGCUGGAGGUGGGUGAUGCCAGUGCCUCACCCUCCUGCCCCCUCGAGCUGCUGCUGCCUGGUGGCCUGAACCUUACAAUUUUAGCUUUUUUCUAAUAAACACAAACAACCUUUUUUUAAUUAAAUAAAAGAUGAAAUGGACACAUUCCUGUUCUAGAUUAUCUGUGUAAUUGACUGGGUUUUGUGUUUCUUAACUGCAUGGUAUUCCUGCCGAGGGGUUUUAUAGCACUUUUUAAAUUUCUCUUUAAGAUUUUGGUCCAGAUUUCUACUCACGCCUGUCGUCUGUUUUUGUUUUUUCCUUGCGCCCUCCACGUUUGUAAACUCGCUCCAUUUUAUACCUGAUGUUGAGACCCAGCCCCACGUUGUAUAUAGCUGCGGGAACAAUCAUAGGGAACAAACAAACACCAUCUGGACUCUUUCCACGAUUAGUUGUUUUUACUUCAAAGAAAUUUUAAAGGAAACAUAAAAGGAAGCCAGGAAGAGGCUUGAGGAUAUUCUGAAAAGACAGAAACAAAUUCAGCCCUGCACCAAGUCAGCUCCUGCUGCCCACACUGCCCGCACCAACUGGCAUGUCUCUUCUCAGUCGUCUGUCUAACACCAUUGGAUUCAAUAAAGUGAU